AGGGGAUAGUCAGGAAAGAUUGUGUGGCUACCAGRUUUUGUUAGGGUGGAGGAUGAAGGAGGUGGAAUGCCGAUGACAGAGGGAUGGGGGUUUAGGGAUCGAGAGGUACGCAGGGGAUGCAAGAUGUGGGUGGGAGGAAUGACUCAAUCUGCGGAUGGUUGGGUUCAAGAGGUGCUGUGGUUCAAACCAUGGGAGGGAUUGGGAUUUGAGGUUAAGCAUGUGGUGGUGGGGAAUUCUGGGGCUCCAUGAGCCAGUGUGRGGGGAGGCAGCACAGGUGAGGCAACCAGCAAAUGGGCCAGGAAUAUAGGUGUCUUUGGAGGCUGGGAGUGGAGAGGUUACAGGCAGAAAUGGGUCCAAGAAGGAGGUAAGAGGAGAAAAGAGGCCUAGAAGAUUCAAAGGAUGCUAUGAAAUAAGCCAGCUGUAAUCAGCCUCUUCUUCCAUGAGAGCCUUUGCAGUCUGAUCGUGUGACCCUUGGAGACUUGAAUUUCAGCUGAAGUGGGGGAAGCAAACAUUUGGUCAACCACCUCCCCUCAUCUUAGAGCUCAAGCUCUUCAUUCCGCCAUGGCUGACCCCAUCAUGGACCUCUUUGAUGAUCCCAACCUCUUUGGUCUGGACUCAUUGACAGAUGAGAGUUUUAACCAGGGUGCCCCAGACCCCAUUGAGGAGGCCCUGGGGUUGCCAGGUGGUGCCCUGGAUUCUCUGGCUGGUGGACCCAAGGAACAGCGAACCACCUCGCAGACGGAAUCUAUUCAAGUACAGGCUCUGCCCCUUCCAAACGCACAGAGUGAAGCUGGGCCCGAACUGUCCCAGCAGCACCAGCCAGGACUCCUGCAGGCCUCCCAAGAUCAGGAGGUCCUCAGCCAGGGCAACCCCUUCAUGGGUGUGUCCUCCACCGUGACAGCCGUUGCCCCCUCUUCUUCCACCGGUGGACAAGUAACUGUUACAACAGCAACUCCUACCGCCCCAAAGAUCGUCAUCUUGAAGGCACCUGCUGGCAGUUCAAUGACAGGAGCCCAUGUGGCCCAGAUCCAAGCCCAGCCCAUUGGGGCAGCCAAUGGAGGCAAAGUCACCUUUGCCAAGGUACUGACAGGCACGCCCUUGCGGCCGGGCGUCUCAAUCGUCUCGGGCAAUGCGGUGCUGGCCACCAAAGUGUCCCCUGGAGCUGGGACCCCCACCACACUCCAUCGGCUGGUGCAGCCCGGCCGACCUGUCAAACAGCUGGUGCUGCAACCUGUCAAGAGCCAGACUGUACCCAGUACUGGGACCACGCCACUUAAACCAGCUGUGACGCUGACUUCCACUCCAGCUCAGGGAGAGUCAAAACGCAUCACUCUGGUUCUCCAGCAACCCCCAGCAGGUGGAAACAACCCGGGGCAACGCCAUGUGGUUUUAGGGAGCCUGCCAGGCAAGAUUGUGCUCCAGGGGAAUCAACUGGCCGCUCUGAGCCAAGCCAAGAGUGUGCCAGGGCAGCCAGCCAAGGUUGUCACCAUCCAACUCCAGGUCCAGCAACCCGGCCAGCAGCAACAAAUGAGCAGCCAAUCUGGAACCCAGAAGAUUCAGCUUUUGCAGCAGCCUCCAGCCAGCACUUCGGGACAGCAAGUGCCCCUGAACGUCUCUUCAGUACCACAGGCACAAGUGGUUGGUGGCUCAGGACAGAGGGUGACGGUUCCACUCAAGGUUGUGCUUCAGCCGCAGGCCAGCUCAUCACAAGGCAAUUCAUCGGGACUCUCGGUUGUCAAGGUUCUGAGCAGCAGCGAGGUAGCAGCCCUCCCGUCCUCCAGUGGGACAACCCGAAGCAACUCGGAUGAAUCCCGCAAGUUAGAGCACCAGAAGAAGCAGGAAAAGGCCAACCGGAUUGUAGCAGAAGCUAUUGCUCGUGCUCGAGCACGAGGGGAACAAAACAUUCCCCGUGUGCUAAAUGAGGAUGAACUGCCCAGCGUCCGGCCAGAGGAGACAGGGGAGCGCAAGCGGCGUCGGAAGGGAGGGGGUGAGCGGACCCCAAAGGAGGAGCGGCCGCGAAAGGGCAGGGGCCAAGGAGGAUCUGGGAAGAGCAAAGGCCGAGGAAAACCAAGCACCAUCACCCCAGUAGUAGGGAAGAAGCGGAAACGCAACGCUUCUUCAGACAACUCGGAUGCAGAGGUCAUGCCAUCUCAGGCUCCACACGAGGAAGAGGAAAGCAGUAUUCAGAAGCGGCGUUCGAACCGUCAGGUGAAGCGGAAGAAGUACACAGAGGACUUGGACAUCAAGAUCACAGACGAUGAGGAAGAUGAAGAGUUGGACGUGACCGGGCCUAUCAAGAUUGAGCAGGCCCCAGCCCCUGCACCGCCUGUCCCAGAACCAAUCCCUGAGGGCGAGACACUACCUUCCAUGCAGUUCUUUGUGGAAAACCCUAGUGAGGAGGAUGCUGCUAUAGUAGACAAAGUGCUCACCAUGCGGGUUGUGAAGAAAGAGCUCCCCAAUGGUCAAUUCACAGAGGCAGAAGAAUUCUUUGUGAAAUACAAGAACUACUCCUACCUACAUUGUGAGUGGGCCACAAUUGCUCAGCUGGAGAAGGACAAGAGGAUACACCAGAAGCUCAAGCGGUUUAAGACCAAAAUGGCUCAGAUGAGGCACUUCUUCCAUGAGGAUGAGGACCCUUUCAACCCAGACUAUGUGGAAGUGGACCGUAUCCUGGAUGAGUCACACAGCAUUGACAAGGACAAUGGAGAGCCCGUGAUCUAUUACCUGGUCAAGUGGUGUUCCCUCCCCUACGAGGAUAGCACGUGGGAACUCAAAGAGGAUGUGGACGAAGGGAAGGUCCGAGAGUUCAAGCGUAUCCAGUCAAGGCAUCCUGAACUCAAGAGGGUGGCCCGUCCCCAGGCAGGUUCCUGGAAAAAACUGGAGCUUACUCACGAAUAUAAGAAUGGCAACCAGUUGCGGGAAUAUCAGCUGGAGGGUGUGAAUUGGUUGCUUUUUAACUGGUACAACAGGCAAAACUGCAUCCUGGCUGACGAGAUGGGCCUUGGCAAAACCAUCCAGUCCAUCGCCUUCUUGCAAGAAGUUUACAAUGUGGGCAUCCGGGGGCCCUUCCUGGUCAUCGCCCCUCUCUCCACCAUCACCAACUGGGAGCGGGAGUUCAACACCUGGACCGAGAUGAACACCAUCGUGUACCACGGGAGCCUAGCCUCCCGCCAGAUGAUCCAGCAGUACGAGAUGUACUGCAAGGAUUCCCGGGGACGCCUGAUCCCAGGAGCAUAUAAAUUUGAUGCCCUGAUCACUACCUUUGAGAUGAUCCUGUCAGACUGUCCUGAGCUGAGGGAGAUAGAGUGGCGUUGUGUCAUCAUUGACGAAGCCCAUCGCCUUAAGAACCGUAACUGCAAACUACUCGACAGCCUCAAGCACAUGGACCUGGAGCACAAAGUAUUACUGACAGGAACUCCACUCCAGAACACAGUGGAGGAACUCUUCAGCCUCCUGCAUUUCCUUGAACCCUCCCAGUUUCCUUCAGAAUCAGAGUUCCUCAAGGAUUUUGGUGACCUCAAAACUGAGGAGCAGGUGCAGAAACUACAGGCCAUCCUGAAACCAAUGAUGCUUCGGCGAUUAAAGGAGGACGUUGAGAAGAAUCUGGCCCCUAAGCAGGAGACCAUCAUUGAGGUAGAGCUGACCAACAUCCAGAAGAAGUACUAUCGAGCCAUCCUGGAGAAGAACUUCAACUUCCUGUCCAAGGGGGCAGGCCAUAGCAACAUGCCCAACCUCCUGAACACAAUGAUGGAACUGCGCAAAUGUUGCAAUCAUCCCUACCUCAUCAAUGGUGCAGAAGAGAAGAUCCUGACUGAAUUUCGGGACUCCUGCCAUCACCACGUACCCCACGACUUCCCCUUGCAGGCCAUGGUGCGUUCCUCAGGGAAGCUGGUGCUGAUUGAUAAGCUGCUUCCCAAGUUGAAGUCUGGGGGGCACAAGGUGCUGAUCUUUUCCCAGAUGGUCCGUUGCCUUGACAUCUUGGAGGACUACCUCAUCCAAAAGAGGUAUUUGUAUGAGCGCAUCGACGGGCGGGUGCGAGGCAACCUGCGACAGGCAGCCAUUGACCGCUUCAGUAAGCCCGACUCAGACCGGUUUGUCUUCCUGCUCUGCACACGGGCAGGAGGGCUGGGGAUCAACUUGACAGCUGCAGACACCUGCAUCAUCUUCGACUCUGAUUGGAAUCCUCAGAAUGACCUGCAGGCCCAGGCUCGCUGCCAUCGUAUUGGGCAAAGCAAAGCAGUGAAAGUUUACCGUCUCAUCACUCGCAACUCCUACGAGCGUGAGAUGUUUGACAAAGCCAGUCUCAAGCUAGGACUGGACAAGGCUGUUUUGCAGUCCAUGAGCGGGCGAGAAGGCAGCAUUGCCGGGAUCCAGCAGUUUUCAAAGAAGGAAAUUGAAGAUCUACUUCGCAAAGGGGCAUAUGCUGCCAUCAUGGAAGAGGACGAUGAGGGCUCCAAGUUCUGCGAGGAAGAUAUUGAUCAGAUUUUGCUUCGCCGCACCACCACCAUCACCAUUGAGAAUGAGGGGAAGGGAUCCACCUUUGCUAAGGCGAGCUUUGUGGCCUCUGAGAACAGAACUGACAUCGCCUUGGAUGAUCCGAACUUUUGGCAGAAAUGGGCCAAGAAGGCCGACUUGGAUCUUGAUAUGCUCAACAGCAAGAACAACCUGGUGAUUGACACGCCCCGCGUGCGUAAACAGACACGCCAUUUCAGUACCCUGAAGGAUGAUGACCUGGUGGAGUUCUCUGACCUGGAGAGCGAUGACGAUGACCGGCCUCGCUCUCGGCGUCAUGACCGGCACCACCACCAGUUCCACCACUCGUAUGGCCGCACAGACUGCUUCCAGGUGGAAAAACAACUGCUAGUCUAUGGCUGGGGCCGUUGGCGGGAAAUCUUGUCACAUGGACGUUUUAAGCGGCGCAUGUCUGAUCGGGAUGUGGAGACCAUCUGCCGGGCCAUCCUAGUUUACUGCCUUAUGCAUUACCGGGGCGAUGAAAACAUCAAAUGCUUCAUUUGGGACCUCAUCAGCCCCGUUGAAAACGGCAAAGCCAAAGAGCUUCAGAAUCAUUCCGAGAGCCAUGCCCCUGCCUUGAGCUCACUUGCUGUUCCUCGGGCAGGCCUGUCCAUCCCAGUUCCACGAGGCCGCAAAGGGAAGAAGGUCAAGUCACAAACCACCUUUGACCUCCAAAAAGUUGAUUGGAUCCGCAAGUACAACCCAGACACCCUCUUCCAAGAUGAGGGUUACAAGAAACACCUCAAGCACCAAUGCAACAAGGUACUCCUGCGGGUGCGCAUGCUAUAUUAUCUCCGCCAGGAAGUGAUUGGGGACCAGGCUGAAAAAGUGUUGGCAGGUGUUAUUUCCAGUGAAAUCGACAUCUGGUUUCCACUGGUGGAUCAGGCAGAGGUCCCCACAGCCUGGUGGGAUGCAGAAGCUGACAAGUCCUUGCUCCUUGGGGUGUUCAAACAUGGCUAUGAGAAGUACAACACAAUGCGAGCGGAUCCUACCCUCUGCUUCUUGGAAAAGGCCGGUCGCCCGGAUGACAAGGCCAUUGCAGCAGAGCACCGUCUGGAUACGAACGAAGGAGUGGAUUUUGACAAGGACUGUGAGGACCCAGAAUACAAACCGGUGGGAGGUCCAGCCAAGGAGCAGGAUGGUGAGGGUGACCCAUUGAUGAUGAUGGAGGAGGAAAUUUCCGUGGUGGAUGGAGAGGAAGGCCAACUGGGGAACUUGUUCUGGCCCCCAGCCUCGGCUCUCACGGCCCGUUUGCGGAGGCUCAUCACUGCCUUCCAACGGAGUUACAAGCGUGAGCAGCUGAAGAUGGAGGCCGCAGAGCGAGGAGACCGCCGACGGCGCCGUUGCGAGGCUGCCUUCAAGCUGAAGGAAAUGGUGCGGCGGGAGAAGCAGCAACGAUGGACGCGGCGAGAGCAGUCAGAUUUCUACCGUGUGGUCUCCUCCUUUGGAGUGGAGUAUGACCCGGACACAAUGCGCUACCACUGGAACCGCUUCCGGUCCCUUGCUCGCCUGGACAAGAAGACAGACGAGAGCCUCACCAAAUAUUUCCACGGUUUUGUGGCCAUGUGUCGGCAAGUGUGUCGGUUGCCUCCCGCUGCAAGUGAUGAAUCUCCAGACCCCACGCUGUUCAUUGAGCCCAUCACAGAGGAGCGGGCCUCGCGCACCUUGUACCGGAUCGACCUCCUGAGGCGCCUUCGCGAGCAAGUGCUAUGCCACCCACUCUUGGAAGACCGCCUCACCCUGUGCCAACCCGCAGGCCCUGAAAUGCCACCCUGGUGGCAAUGCGGGCGCCAUGACGGCGAGCUGCUGAGGGGGGUGGCGCGCCACGGCCUCAGCCAGACAGACACCACUAUCAUGCAGGACCCAGAAUUCUCCUUCUUGGCGGCUCGCCUCAACCACAUGCACAGUCGGUCAGGGGGCACUGGGACGCCCCCACUGCCGCCCCCUCCGCCGCCACCACCACCACCUUCAGGGCUGUCUCUUCCCGGAGCCAGUGUGCCAGCUACCCCAUCUCCCCUGCUCCUACAGCCACCCAUUCAUCAGCUGCCCACUGCACCACAACCCUCGGCCCUUCCUGUGAAACUUGAAUCGGCCGACGACUCAGACUCGGAGCUUGACCUCAGCAAGAUCUCCGCUUCUUCGUCCUGUUCAUCCACCUCAGGCUGCUCUGAUGACAGUGAGGGUGAAGAGGCAUCUUGCGGUGGGAAGCUCUUUGAGGAGGAGGAGUCGCUACUGUCCCUGCCCACCUCCCAUGAAGGCAACUCGCCGCAGCCCAGUGCCUCAGACUUGCUGCUGCAGGAGCGCCAGCGUGCCCACGAAUGGCCAAAGGACCGAGUUCUUCUCAACCGUAUCGACUUGGUGUGCCAGGCUGUGCUCACUGGGAAGUGGCCCACAGCCCAGCAAGGCCAGUUGGCUUCCUGUAUUGGCCAUGGAGAAGGCCUGCCUCGUCUUCAUGGAGAAUACACCAGCUCUCCCAUCCCGCACAUCUGCCCCCUGGUGACGCAUGAGGAAGGGGCAACCUCGUUCACUCGUCUCCGACACAGUGGCCUAGAGAAAGAGUUUACUGUACAAAUCAAAGAUGAAGAGGGAAUCAAGCUGACCUUCCAGAAGCACAAACUGGUCCCGAACGGCACUAUCAGAGAUCGUCCUGCAGUCACCCCGAAGAAGAGCAGCAAGAAAAUGGUGGAGCUGGAGCUGCAGUGCCUGGAAGCACUGAGGGGCCCUGAUAUCGACCUUGAAGCUCGUAUCCCAGUGGUGAAGAAGACAGAUGGGACCCUGCUGGUGGGCGAUGCAGCCCCUCGGCGGGCUGAUCUUGAGGUGUGGCUACAGGCCCACCCAGAAUACGCUGUGGAUCCUCGCUUCCUGGCUUACAUGGAAGAACGUCGGAAGCACAGGUGGCCCCGGUUUCCAAAACCAGUUCCAAUUGAGCCAACCUGCCUGGUGGGCCUGGAGCGCAUGCAGGGGGCAGGCAUCUCUGCCAAUGGCAAGAAGGGUUUUCUGCCAGAUCCCACAAUGAACCGCCUUCUUCCGGGACCAGUAGGGGCUGAGAAUGCCCAGAAACGAGGCCGCCAGGCCCCCAUGGAGUUCUCCAACAUGAUGGCUCUGAUGGGAGCCGGCCGGGUCCAAUUGGGAGCUGCCGGGCCCCUCUCCUUGCACCAUGCCCACUUCCAAGCCGGCCCAGCUCAUGCCUCUCCCUUGCAGUACAUGCCCUUUUCUACCGCUGCCGCCACUGCUGCCGCUGCAUCCUCCUCCGGUGCGCUGCUCCACCCUGCGCUCGGCCACGCCGGCUACGUCACGGCCCCCUUGCACCUGAGCCACGUUCAGCCUGUCGACGACGAUGAUGACGAAGACGAGAUGGAUGACUUGUCUCAAGGCUAUGCCAGCUCGGAACGGGACUUCUCCUUGCUAGACGACGACCCGAUGAUGCCAGCCAACUCCGACUCCAGCGACGAGGGGGAAGAGGAGGGAGACGACUGAGCUUUUUGCGCCUCACUUGGGAACAGACGGAUGGGCAUGACGCAAGGCCAGCUUGGCUGGGACUAGCCGCCCCCUUUGAUGUUGGAUUUGACAGGCCAGAGACUCUGUGUCUGCUUGGGGCACGCGCCAGUUGAGUUCCCCUUGUUCCACGUGGCUCACAGGGAGGGUGGAAUGGAGCCCUUACCCACCCAGCAACGGGCGGCUGGGCAACUGUCCUCCUAGAAGGGUGCUCUUAUGUGUGGCUUCUCUUAUGUUUUUUAAAAACACAUGGCUGUUGGUGAGGUCAGUGAGUUUGGCCUCUCCUUCUGGCACUUGGUAUCAAUUGGGAACUGUCCUUGCAAGUCUUGAUCUCCUUGGGACGGUAAAACCACAGCAGAAACCCACACCAAGGGAUCCUGUCUAGCCAAGACGAUCUGGGUAUAGGUAGCAGCUCCCCUCUUUUUUCCCUCCCCGCACCUGCCCCCACCACCCUGCUCUCUUUCCCUCCCUCCCCAGGUUCACGUGCUGUAACAUAAGUGCAAGGGGGGGGGGGUCAAACUCCUUUCCUUUCCCUCCGUCCCCCUGUCUCUGUGUGGGUGGGGUUUAUAUUUAUAAAUAUGUAAUAUGUCUUGUGUAAUAUGGCCGAAGCUGUGGGAAUGAAUUAUGAGGGGAAGUCAGGUCACAAAGUGGGUGGGUUUCGGGGUGGCCGGGGGGCUGUGAGGGAAGAGAAGAUAGAGUUUCCUGUAGCUGGAUUCUCCCUUUUUUUCUUUUCUUUUUUUAAUAAAAAGAACCAAAUGGACAAAAAAAAAA